AUGCCGACAUUUGGGCGACCGACAUUACCGCGAACAGGACCCCGACCCUUCCACGAAGUUUUUGCGCCACAGAUUUGGGUAUUUUGGCAGUGGGUCGUGGGAGGUGGAGGUGUGGGCAGUGUGAGAGUGAGUUCGAAAAGUAGUUUCACACAAAACUGUAUAUCUGUAACUGGAUCACAGUGACUAAUCACCACAUAACUUCAGUCAGGUUUCAUGUCGAUCGCUCACAUGCCGGGCUCGCUCAAGUGUCCGUCGCUUAAACGUCGGCGUAACUGCCUUUUCAUCCUCCCCUCUUGAGUGACUACAAAACGGUGAGAAUUUGAAAUUUUGAUGAGCGAGCGACUCGAUUUCCAAGUGUUUUUCGGGACGAAAAUUUCUUAUGAAAAACGCCUUUGUUUCUUUUCUGACUGUCUGGAUAGCAAAAAAUAAAAAGUAACUUCCUAGUUAAUUAAUUUCGAGAAAAGUUUGAAUGUUAGUGAAAACAAGUUCUGAUGGUGAGUUAGUCACUGGGCGUGAUGCAAAUAGCUUCUUACGCCGUACUUUUUUAAUAUGUUCCAGUAAGUAACAAAAAGAAUUGACUGUAUUUAUUCAUGCGUGUAGAGGGAGGUUUGCUAACGCGUUUAGCUUUUGUGUUUUACACAAUAAGAAUAUGACCAGUCUCCAGAAACGUUUGUGUCUUUUCGCCGAUUCACAAUUGGUUUGCGAUACACUUUCAUUUAAAAGUUCGGAUAUAACAAUCAUAUGGUUUGACAAAAAUAUUGACAAUGAAGUAAAUGAUCUGUUAUAAAAUAUCAAUGAUCAUGUUCUGACUGCAAAUGACAGACAGCAUUCGUCAAUUGUAUUCAAGCUGUAAUCAAUGAGACGAUCGUUAUUGUAUUAUCUGAUGGAUGUUCUGAAAAUAUAAUACCUAUCAUUCAUAAUAAUAAGCAGAUCGAUUCAAUCUAUAUCUUUUGUAUCGAUGACUCAAAGUAUAAAUAUUUAUGUGAUUUGUACCCAAAAAUUAUAGGCAUCUAUAUUGAGUAUCGUUUAUUAUUUAAAUCAUCGCAAAUAAAAGUACAUCUAAUAUUGACAUAGCUACUAUCAUUAAAUCUAUUCGAUCAGUUGGCAAAUUCCAUGCGUGAUUUAACUCGCGAAUCAUCGGAAUUCUUAUGGUAUCAGUCAUUAUGUGAUUAUAUAAUGAAAAUGGAUAGAAUAAAUAACAGUAUAGAUCUGAAAAUUUAUUGUGAUAGCAGGCUAAUGGUUCAGAUUCAACGAAUCGUAUGAUGAGUUGAAAUUCGAAGUUAUUUUAGCGAAAUAUAAGCAAAAUGAUCUCAGUGGACAUUUUUUGGCACAAAUCAAAAAAACAUAUUUGGCGUAAAAUCAAAUUUUCUGUGUUACAAGGCAAACUAGAAAGUUAGAAUAUUCACUACGUAUUAUCGGAAGGACGUGAAAAAGGAUAAAAGUUUGGGCUUUAACGGAUGAACUGUUCCGAAGUUUCGCUCUACCGGCUGUUUGUUUUAGAACUUUUUAAAAGUCGUCUUUAGCAUAUGACUCUAGUGAUCUCGGUGAACAAAAUUUUGCAAAAAUGUUUCGAAAUAGAUUUUUGACAGCAUCCGAUCCAAACCUUAUUUUAUUUGAAUUUAAAGUAUAUAUUUUGCAAACCGGUUUUUCAGGCUGCAAGAAACUCUAAAGAACUUUUAGAAUCAGUUUAAAUAAAUGAGAGAAAAAGUUCAUUCUUUCUCCACAUGAAGCCAAAAACAGCCGGUUUGGUCUUGUUCGAUGUACAUCUCGGUAUCCACU